UGCGCCAUUCCCUGUUCAGAAAUUAAUGGCUGCAAGCAAACUGGAGUACGAAAUUGCAUCCACGUGGAAUGGCGGAGUGUUGCACGAUUUGACAAAACGAGCUCGCAUCUCGUUGAGAGCUGACGAGUCUGGUUCAUGUCUACUACUUGAAGUUAAUGCUUUCUUUUACAAUGACCCAGCACCUCCUUCUGUGCAAGCAGGUCAACCAUGUCCUGCACUGUGGGAAUAUGAAGUCGUCGAAGCUUUUUUCUUGGGAAGCAGUGAACAAUAUCUUGAAAUUGAGUUGUGCCCACAUGGACAACAUUUGGUCUUACUUCUACGUGGUGUAAGACAAUGUUUCAAGAACGAGUUGCCUUUGGAGUUUACAAGUGAGAUUACUGACAGUCGAUGGUGUGGAGUGGCAAAAAUUCCUCUCAAUUAUUUCCCACCCGAUGUGUCCAAGUUCAGUGCAUACGCCAUCCAUGGGUCGGAACCAGAUCGACAAUACGAGUCUUUGUAUCCUGUCCCACAACACGCAUUCAAGCAGCCUGAUUUCCACAGACUGGAGUAUUUCCAAGAGAUCGAUAUUUGCUCUCUGUUCUCGUCAUGGCCAACAGUCAAUGUGUUUGGACAGGAAUGACACCAUUUUAUAAUUGAUUUUUUAUAAGCUUCAAUAGACUCAAAGGAUUA